GCGCAGUGUGUCCCUUGCCCACCGUGACUAAGAUGGAGGCCGCGCUGGAGGCGCCUUGGGGCCUGUGGGCCGCCGGCCCCGCUCCGGGACGCUUCUACCGCCUCCCGCCGGCACCGGCACCGGCGCCGGUCAGCGCGGGGAGCCCCUUCACCCGGACACAGAGCCCCAUGGUGACCGGAACCUCCGUCCUGGGCGUGAAGUUUGACGGGGGCGUCAUGAUCGCGGCGGACAUGCUGGGCUCCUACGGCUCCCUCGCCCGUUUCCGCAACAUCUCCCGCAUCAUGCGCGUCAACGAGACCACCGUGCUGGGCGCCUCGGGCGACUACGCCGACUUCCAGUACCUCAAGCAGGUCAUCGACCAGAUGGUGAUCGACGAGGAGCUGCUGGGCGACGGGCACAGCUACAGCCCCAAGGCGCUGCACUCGUGGCUGACGCGAGCCAUGUACAGCCGCCGCUCCAAGAUGAACCCCCUCUGGAACACCGUGGUCAUCGGCGGCUUCGCCGACGGACAGAGUUUCCUAGGUUACGUGGACAUGCUGGGCGUGGCGUACGAGGCCCCCUCGCUGGCCACGGGCUACGGGGCCUACCUGGCCCAGCCCCUGCUGCGCGAGGCGCUGGAGAAGCAGCCGGUGCCGAGCCAGGCGGAGGCGCGGGAGCUGGUGGACCGCUGCAUGCGAGUGCUCUACUACCGCGACGCCCGCUCCUACAACCGGUUUGAAAUCGCCACGGUGACAGAGAAAGGGGUGGAGGUGGAAGGGCCACUGUCCUCCGAGACCAACUGGGAUAUCGCCCACCUCAUCAGCGGUUUUGAGUGAAGUGCCCCCUUGCUUCCCCCACUACCCCCCACCCCCUCGACCUCCCCGAACUGGCUCCGCGGCCUUGCCCGUAGCCGUCGGCCGCGCGCGGUUUUUUGUUUUCCUUUUGCCUUUUGUAAAUCGAUCUCUGGGAAAUAAACUCUUCCGGCCA